UUUUAAACCAUCGGACGGGUCGGUCGUAGGUCUUCGUUACGGACGUUGCAGGCGCUGAUUGGUGAUGUGAUUUGAACGGUGGAAUACGCGAGAAAACGUGAUCGUGUCGUGCAUUCGUGUCCGGUGGUGAUCGUGCAAUUGAGAAACACUUUUCCUCUACGAUGUUUGUGAAGUUUCGGCGUUGUGUUGUUAAGAAGUGAACUUUAAGGAAGCAACAAAUCGCACAUUAAUUAAUUGUUUAGUAAAUAAGUUUACACUCCCCGGACGAGCUUAGUUUGAUAUUUCAAACAUGACUGAAGAAAUGCAGACCCAACAGCAGCCAGCUGUGACCCCAAUGCAGCCGCAACCAAAGCCACGCCUGGGCCCUCAGGACUAUCGCAACUCGGAGCUAGUCACGAAACUGAUGGCUGCCAAUCCACCAUAUCUCUACUCACCAGCCGUUGGUCCACACAACUUUUUCUUCAGUGAAAUGCUUCGAUCGCUGGUGGCCAACAAACGCAACGAAAGUUUGCGCAACGCAUCGGAGCAACUUCACCAUCACCACCAUCAGCAACAGCAGCAGCAGCAGCAGCAGCAGCAACAACAACAGCAACAUCAUUCCCAGCAACAUCCACAGCAGACGGUUCCACAUCCCAACCAUCUUACAAACCAUUUGGCAUUGCAGGCGGCAUCAUCCCGUCGGCCUCGCAAGCGCUCCUGGAGCCAGCAUAGAUACUAUCCGGAAGCUCUGAAAGACGGCAAAGACACCGAAGACAAACAUCGGCCUGCCCAACCCGAGAAACCCCUCGAGCUGACCAACAAACUGUCAGCAUUCAGUCGUAACAUUUCCUCCACGGCACAGAAAUAUCCCGACGGACUUGAACCGUCCGAAGGCUUUAAAGCUCCCACGUUCCAGGAUCGGAAAUCGGACGACUCGAAACCUCCGACGGCGGCUGGCGUUUCGGAAAAGUCUCCCAUCAAUAAUUCGACCCUCAUCCCGGAACCUUCGACAGCUUCGAUGCCCCCAUCCGAUCUUAUUCUCCCUCCACCACCACCCGUCUGGUACCCGCCGCUCUAUCCACCGUACGGUAUCGAUCCGCUACACUUCUUCAUCGAUCUUCGCGUCUCGGGACACAUUUACGACCGCAAGAAGGAUUCAAACUCAUCGAACAGCUCGGACGAGACGGUGCUGUCGGUAAAGCGCGAACACUCGAAGCUCAUUGGAACGGGCAGUGAUCGUCAAGGGUCAGCAUUUAGCGUUCCAAAGCCCAGAGAAUCGGGCGCGAUCGGGAACAAAACCACUCCGAUCAAUCUUGCCACGCCUCAAGAGGACGGUGACGGUGGUGCCGCAGGAGAGAUUAGCUACGGGGGAAAAGAAGCGACCGAACAGCAUGCCUCAUCGAUGGGAUCCCUGUUUCUGGGCGAUGUUACCGACCACAAGACGAUGGAAGCGAUCAAGAGCACCAACUAUGUGCUGCAGAACCUUCCAAGGAUUUAUGGGGACUUGAACGGGAAUCACAAGAUCGCCGAUCGUUGCUUGACGGACGAUGAGACGAAUGGGAAUAUGAGCGACGAGCACGAGCAGGACAGCAAAUCCGUUGGAUCGACCGAUGAUAUGAUUGGAGAUGACAGUAAGUACAAGGACGCGGAUUUGAACGUCAUUUCCGACGAGGAGUCUAUCGCAGUUGAUGAAAAUUGCUUUUCCGUGAAUUUCUGCCUCCCGCGGCCAGCCCAUCUCACGCAGAACGAUACACCGUCGUACAUAUUGUACCAUUUCAAGACGAUUUACGACGAUGAAAACGACGACAGUAGGGUGGUGCAGAACUGGAAGAACGUGCACUGGCAGCAGGAGGAAGUGUACGAUAACCAUUGGCACUUGGAUCGGAGCAAAACGUUUCGCGUGAUAUUCCGGCUGCACGAGGACUGCAUCAAGAUGUUCGUCAACAGUGUGGACCAUCCGCCGGACUACGAAUUUUCGGUGCAGCUGCCGCUCGAUGGGCUCGAGUCGAUCGAGCUGUGGGACGAUGUGGAGAACGUGGAGGAGAUAUCAUUCCGGUACGAUAACAGAAACCCGUACUAACGCCGAAUGAUUGGAGCAGCAUCACGCGCGACAAACACCUGUUCUUCGAUCGUGACCUAGCACUUCGAUCAUCAUCACCAUCUUCUCUUGCACGCAAACUGCCGACUUUACUGCUGAGCUUCUGUGAAAUAACUAUUCGGGCAGCUACUUAAUCUUACCGCGAGUUCCUGCCCUACCCGCCUAGUCACCGUAAUCCAGUACACAGUAUUGCGAACCAGUCAUAGCAACACCUAACUUUGCAUCGCUUCUGGGAACGAUGUGCCUUAACGGUAGCGUAACUGCACAGUCAGCGAGUGCUGAAGCGUGCUUCAGGUAACGACGACACACAGGAAGUAUUACGUUUCGUUAUCUGCAAGGCGGGAGAGCACACCCGCCGCCACUCAAUGGCAUAGGAAUCAAUCGCCGGUGCUAGCGUUUACCCACAGGUAUAGAAGUAAAGAAGCGUCGAACGAUGUUUGUAUUUUAUCAGCUGCUAUCAGCUGCAAUCGACUUAAGCACGCUUAUGCACGUCGUUUUUGUGCGUUUGUGCCUUAAUGGCAAAGG